GCUGCUGUCCUCCCUGAUUGAGCUUCAGUAUUUACAACAACACGCUCAGAAGCUGCUGUCCAUCAACAGACAGACAGACAGACAGACAGACAGACAGACAGGCAGACAGACAGACAGACAGGCGGUGCUGCAGCUGUCUGUUAGAGGAUGGGUGUCGCCUCCUCCUCCUCCUCCUCCUCCUCCUCCUCCUCCUGCCGGGUCUCCCUCUGAGCGUCUCCUCGGACCGUCAUGUUGGCGCGUGCUCUCCGUCCUCCUCGCCACCACCUCGCGCACUGCAGUGGUGCGCAGCUCCUCCCGGACAGACACCUGUGCGCCUCCGCACACGCGUGAAUGUUGACGCAAGCCUGAAGGCGCGGCGUCUGUCUGAGCGAUCCGCAGGAAUCUACCGCACCGCCGCCAUGCACCGGAGAGACGCCUUCCCUCGCUGCAGAGCGCUGACAUGUUGAAGCGUGUGAAGUGUGUCAGAUCAGAUUAGCAGAGUGUUUACAUCACAGGGGAGGGGGCGCCGCCGCCGCCGCCACCGUCCAGACGUGUUAACCGAGCCUUCAUCAGCACUUUAGUCCCGCCGUGAUGGAGUGGUCGCUGGAGAACGUGAGGGAGAUGGUGGCCGGAGGGAUGCAGUCCAUCAGGGAGUGUGAGAUCUGCGCCUUCGCCAUCGCCAUGUGCGUCCUGCUGCUCUUCAUGUGGUACUGUUACCGGGUGGGCCGCGAGCACGGCUCCAGCCCGUUGCGUGGCCGGUACCUGGCAGGGCCCGGCCGGAUCGGCGGCGUGGUGGGAGGCUUCAUGAGUUCAGACUGCCGCGGCCGAGGCAAAGGGAAGCACGGGUCGAUGCUGGAGGAGCAGAACGGGUUCGCCUUCUGCCAGUCGGCCGAGUGUUUCCGGUGCACCAGCGCCGGAGAGAGUCUGAACCAGAGGCUGUACCACAGCCUGCAGGACUACGCCAAGCGCUACACCUGGUCAGGUAUGGGCCGGGUGCACAAAGGAGUCCGAGAUCAAGGCCGCUACCUGAACAGCCGACCCACCAUCCAGCGGCCGGAGGUCUUCUUCCUCCCGGACCUCCCGUCGGCGCCGUUCUUCUCCAGAGAGGUCCAAAGACACGACGUGGAGCUGCUGGAGCAGAGCUUCCCCGCCCUGUUGGCCGAGUUCGAGAGCAUCUACCACCAGCCGCCGGCCCGCAGCGGCUCCUCCCUGCCCCCGGGGUGGAAGGCCAACAGCACCCCUCGUGGGCAGUGGUGGACCUACUACCUGGUGAACCAAGGCACCCCGCUGGUGCUGAACGUCCGGAGGUGUCCGCGGGCCUGGAGGGUGCUCGGCCAGCUGCGCACCUUCAUCGCCAACAACGUGUUCGGGAACGCCUGCUUCUCCGUGCUGACGCCCGGAGCGCUGAUCAGCGAGCACUACGGCCCGACCAACGUCAGGCUGCGAUGCCACCUGGGUCUCCGAGUGCCGCCGUCCUGCGAGCUCGUGGUCGGUGGCGAGCCGCAGUGCUGGUCCGAGGGCAGCUGUCUGCUGUUUGAUGACUCCUUCCUCCACCGGGCCUUCCACGAGGGCGGCGCCGAGGACGGGCCCAGAGUCGUCUUCAUGGUGGACCUCUGGCACCCGAACGUGGCCGCCGCUGAGAGACAAGCCUUGGACUACAUUUUCACUCCGGGCCGCUUAGAGGACAAAGAAGGGAAAUAGAAAGACGUCGUGAGUCCGGGCGCGUUAGGGAAGUCUCUGAUCGUCGGAGCAAAACUGUUUUUUCUGCCUCCAGACCAGCUCGCACACUCACUGUGUACAUACCCUCCGUCUCAUGCAAAGCAGAUGAGCAAACAUUGGACCUCUGUUAUCAGUCCGCCAUUUCGUUAACGCGUUUUAACACGACCACGGCGACAUUUCAGCAUUUUAGACCGCCUCUGCGUACGUCUCAUAUCAUACUCAGACGAGAUAAAUGACUCUUAACGAGACAAACGACGUGUCGCGUGGAUCAAUCAGCCCCGAACCCCUUCACGUGUUUUCAUACAUUUCUGCAAGGGCUAAAAAAAUGUCAUCACCCAACACACCCGACAUGAGUUAGCACAUUUCUUUCAAGCGUUGGACAAACGUUCAUUGAGUUUUUGUGAUUUAUUUUUUUAUUUUUAGCGAUUUCACGACUGAAAUAAAGAAAGCUAGCGUCAGAUCCACCUGACCCGGGUCUGUUGCUCGCUAUCGGCAGAUUCAGUUAGCACCGGUUUAUCAGUGGUUGGAUACUUUAGCUAAGUGGUUGAGGGUGAAGCGAUCUGUCCAUCAGGAAACUCACAGAGAGUUGACGGCUAGCCGCAAACUGCUGCUAACUGUAGCUGCCGUUAGCUCCGUUAGCCGAUUAGCUAAGAAGUUACGUCCAUGUGGCAAAAACAGUCAGAGACUACAUCCACGUCAAACACGGAGGGACGUGUUGCUUAUUAGCGUUUAGAGUCGCCAGUAGCACUGCAGCUAGCACUAAGUCAGUUAGGUUAGCUAUGUGGCUAACCGUUAACUGUAGCUGCCGUUAGCCCCGUUAGCCAAUUAGCCAAGAAGUUACGUCCAUGUUUUAUACUGUCCACGUCAGAUACGGAGGGACUUGUUGCUUAUUAGCGUUUAGAGUCGGGGUUACAGCGCUAAGUCAGUUAGGUUAGCUACAUGGCUAACCGCUAACUGUAGCUGCCGUUAGCCAAUCAAAGGUGUUUGUAUCUUUAGCAGUGGAGGGGUGACACAGAAGUUACGUCCAUGUUUUACACUGUCUGUGGCAAAAACAGUUGGAAUACAGUAGCUGGGUUUGACUCAGUUAGGUUAGCUACAUGGCUAACUGCUAACUGUAGCUGCCGUUAGCUCCGUUAGCCAAUAAGCCAAGAAGUUACGUCCAUGUGUUAUACUGUCUGUGGCAAAAACAGCCAGAGACUUUGUCCAGUUCAAAUACGGAGGGACUUGUUGCUUAUUAGAGUUUAGAGUCGCCAGUAGCACUGCAGCUAGCGCUAAGUCAGUUAGGUUAGCUGGCUAACCGCUAACUGUAGCUGCCGUUAGCCAAUCGAAGGUGUUUGUAUCUUUAGCAGUGGAGAGGUGACACAGAAGUUACGACCAUGUUUUACACUGUCUGUGGCAAAAACGGUCAGAAUACAGUCGCCGGGUUUGACUCAGUUAGGUUAGCUACAUGGCUAACCGCUAACUGUAGCUGCCGUUAGCUAGUUAGCUCAGUUAGCCGUGAAGCUAGCUGGUUGGUGCAGCUUCAAAGGUGAGCGUCACGGAGGCUCGACGUGACGUCGCGGAUACGUCGUCCGUGUUUACAGUCUGUGGUCGGCUUGCAGAAACAUCAUCUCUCUCGUGUCGCGUGUCUUUCGAUAACUGAGGUCCAAUGUUGAUCACGACGUGAAUGUUUACAGGCGCUAACGUCUCCGUCAUGACUCCUGCUGGUGUGGUAGUUUGUCGUGCUCUCCCCCGUCCUUCUUCUUCUUUUUGUUUUGUUGGAAAAAUCAGUCCUGCUUUCACGCUGAGACAUGGUUAGAGAAGCACAUUUUCAGGCAGAGUCGAGAGCGUUUUUGGUAAAUUUACUAAACUAUGAUUUGGUUGUAUUUGAUAUCAGGUUUGUAUUUCUGUAAAUAAGGUCGAGGUUAAAAAAAAAAACGCCUGAGCGGUCUGAUGUUUUGAAAUGAUUGUCUUCAAUGCUAGAGUUAUUGUGUUGUCUUGAUUUACAGCUAACGCGAUCCAUGAAUCAUUUUGAUAGAUUAAAUUUGUAGAUUCUGUAAAAUGUUUAUGAAGUGCGAUGUUCCGUGACGUGUUUCCUUCUUCUGUUUUUUUAACUCACCGCCUCAGUCCUUAAUUCUUCUGCAGCACUUCAUGGAUGAACUCGUGUGCGGUGAAAUUUAAUGUUCAGCAGCUUUAACGCUCCAUCUAUUCGAUUCUGAUGUUUACAGACGUACGUGCGGUUAUUCACACGCUGUUUACCGACACUCACAUUGAGCUGUCCGUGAUUCGGUUUGAAGUCAUUCCCGAAGCUUUCGCUUAAAAAACAAAAACACACACAAAAAAAAAACACGCGGCACACGGUGGGGCGCCCAUUUUGUUUACAUUUGAUGAAGGAUUUGUCCUUUAACACCUUCUUGUGUGGAUUUUGAACAGUAUUUCUGUACAUUUAAUAAAUGGUCGAGUAUCUUAUUUAA